AUGAGCAGUGAGCGUUUGCGAGCGAUCCCAAUCGGCCGCUUGCGUUCGCCAGGCAGAGACACCGCGCCGCACCGUGCCACACCGCGCCGCGCCACACCGCGCCGCUCCGCGCCACACCGCGCCGCCCCGCGCCACACCACACCGCGCCGCCCCGCGCCGCGCGCAACGUCGGUCCGGUUGAGGCCCGCUGCUGCACUCGCACUCAUUGCGGCAGUGCGCGUCUCGGCGGCAGCAGCGCGAGGCGCUGAUCGGCCUCGCCGACGGGCGACGGACGCCGCCAGUGCUCGCCGCGGGAACAAUGUGAACAAUUCUCAUCUACGCAAAUUGUGGAAAAACCAAAACGCCAUUAACUUGAAGAACCAAAUUGCAAACAAAUUUUAUUCAUGGCUGACCCAAAAACGAGUGUAUGUGGUGCACAAUGACAACAAAUAUUUAUUAUUAACUCUGGCGAGAAAGUCCAUGAGCAGAUCUAAAAUCGGGAGUAGUGGAAAAGCUGGUUUAGUGGCAUCUCAUUUAGCAAUGUACGACGAAGUAGGAGGCAAAGGAAAGAAAAUCCUUUGCCAACACCGAAGAGAAGAAUCUGCCGUCCCGGCCCCCGCCCGCGCCCACGCCCCCAGCGACCAUGCCCGAGCACGCGACCAGAAACGGGUAACAUGCCAGGCUUCCUCGCAGAGGGGGGUUCAACUCGCUGAAUACAAUGCAGAAGACCAGUCAUUUGAUCACCCCCAUUCCCCAGACCCAUCGUCUUCUAACUCUUGCCCCCCAUUCCCCAUCACACAAUCAGUCUUUCUCCCAUCGGAAAGCGCAGGUCAGACCUUCACAAAUCCACCGCAAUUCAUCCUCCCGGACCGUUACCCAGACCAUCCCUCUCCCCCACCAGAAAGUCACAAUCAUGACAUCCCUUACCCACACCCUCAUCCUGAAUUUCGUCAUACUCCAGACAUCCCUCUCCCAGUCUCUCCCCUCCCUCCCAGUCCUCCUUGUCCACAAGUGGGCCAUACUCAAGACAUCCCUCCCCCAGACUAUCCCCAGACUAUCCCCUCUCAUCCACAAGUUUGCCCUGCCAACCCAUUGACUCUUCACUCACCGAUCACUCACCCAUUACACACACUUCCUCCGCCAGGUGUAUGCCAAUUUCACCACACCUGCCUCGGAUUUCCUCAUCCUCAAUGGCUGGAUCUGGUGGUUAGUCCAAUAAUGUUAGUUUCGGCCAGUGAAGAUAGAUUUACUUUGAAAGAUUUUGUGCUUAAGAUUGAUAGUGGUGUAAAUAAUAAUGAAUACAGUGGAGAAUUGAAUAAAUUGAAUUUGAGAAUUCUGUUCCGUUGGCUAGUUGGAAGAUUUGGAAUCCCCAUUCUUGAGCCUCUGCGACGAGAAAGAACUGAGCUUGUGCGAACGGCUGUGAAUCGACAAGUCAUUGUGGACAGACGCGAGAGCUAUAAAUUAUUAGUAAGGUGCAAGGACGAGUGCGACGAGAAGACAGAAGACAAGAGUGGCCGUGCAUUCCACUGGCGGGGGAAAAGAGAAGAAAACGGAAGACGAGAGCAGGCGUUGGGAGCGGUUGGAGGUCGCCGCGCUCGGCGGAAGCGACGUGGAGGGCAGUGGAGGGGAAGCAGCGCGGCCCGAGCGCAUUGCCGUGUAUUUAGGCCAGGCUGCGGAGCGACGGCGGGAGGUCGGCCAAGGCCGAAUGCGGCGUACCGCGGACUGCGGAGAUCAGCUGCAGCCGAGAUAACAAAAUCGUAA